AAAAUCAUCAAACAUCUCGACGCGCCAUUUCAACCGCUGACGAGCAGAGUACCCACACAGGCAGAACCGCGCUCCAUGAAACACUGAAAUUAAAGUUCCUUUUUUGAAUAACGAAUUUGAGGCAUGUGAAUGGGUAAACGGCCUUUUCAUCAUUUCUUCGUGAUAACUGAGAUUUUGGGGAAUGAACACAGACGGUUGAGAAGUUAUGAGAUUGCAGGGAAAACAUUCUGCUGGUCAUUCCUCCAUGAAUUGCAAUAUUGGAAAAGCGGUGCAUUGUAUUCCGUUUGUCGCGGAAGUGUAAUAAUAUGGACGGAUCAAAAGGGUCUAGAUUGACCGGCACCGAAGGCGAUGAAACGCCGGUGACGGGCCGUAUUCCGUCUCCAACUGUGCGACUUGGAAAGAUCCAGCCUCAAGCCCCAGGUUAUCGAACCGUGUUUUGCAAUGAUCCUGAAACCACGGCCAUAGCAAACUUUAAGGAUGAUACCUGGAAUAAGUGGUUUUUGAAUAGCUGGAGGCUAGAAUGAUGGAAAAGGAAACUAGAUAAGGUUUUUUAGGGUCUCAGGGCAACUCUGUAUCAACUACAAAGUAUGAUGUCCUUACUUUUAUACCGAAGGGCUUGUUUGAACAGUUCAGGCGGGUGGCUAAUCUCUACUUUCUAAUGAUCUCAAUUUUGUCAUGCACUCCAGUGAGUCCUGUAAGUCCAAUCACAAAUGUGCUUCCUUUGAGCCUGGUGCUUCUUGUUUCUCUUAUAAAAGAGGCGUGGGAGGAUUGGAAACGUUUUCAGAAUGACAUGUUGAUUAAUAAUGCUCCAGUAGAUAUCUUGGGAGGCCGGCAAUGGCUGAGUGUGCCAUGGAAGAAGCUUCAGGUUGGAGACAUUGUGAGGGUUAAGCAAGAUGAGUUCUUUCCUGCAGACCUAUUGUUUCUUGCAAGUACUAAUCCUGAUGGUGUCUGCUAUCUUGAGACAGCUAAUUUGGAUGGGGAAACCAAUUUAAAGAUCAGAAAAGCUUUGGAGAAGACUUGGGAUUAUGUGACUCCUGAAAAAGUGGCUGAAUUUGAAGGUGAAAUACAAUGUGAGGAACCUAACAAUUCUUUGUAUACCUUCACUGGAAAUCUUAUAAGUCAAAAGCAAACCCUGCCACUCAGUCCUAACCAACUUCUCCUAAGGGGGUGCAGUUUGAGGAACACCGACUACAUUGUUGGAGUGGUUAUUUUUACAGGGCAUGAAACGAAGGUCAUGAUGAAUGCUAUGAAAAUUCCUUCUAAACGGAGCACUUUAGAAAAGAAACUUGACAAACUAAUUCUCAUGCUUUUUUGUGCUCUAUUCUGCAUGUGUGUCUUGGGAUCAAUUGGAAGUGGUCUGUUCAUUAAUAGCAAGUAUUUUUACUUGCGGUUUGAGAAUUAUUCUGAUCCACAAUUCAAUCCUACUAAUCGUAUCAUGGUUGCCACUUUAACUAUGUUCACCUUAAUUACUCUCUAUUCUCCUAUUAUUCCGAUAUCUCUAUACGUUUCUGUUGAGAUGAUUAAAUUUAUUCAAUCUAAUCAAUUCAUCAAUAAUGACGUAAACAUGUACCAUGCUGAGAGUAAUACUCCUGCACAAGCAAGGACAUCUAAUUUGAAUGAAGAACUUGGACAGGUGGAAUACAUAUUUUCAGACAAAACUGGGACACUUACUAGAAACAUGAUGGAGUUUUUUAAAUGCUCGAUUGGAGGAGAGGUAUAUGGCACUGGUGUCAGUGAAAUAGAAAUAGGCACUUCACAGAGAAAUGAGAUGGGAUUGGGGGUUCAGAGAUCAUCUAAUGCAGUUAGAGACAAAGGUUUUAAUUUCUCUGAUGCUAGAAUAAUGCAAGGUGCUUGGAGAAAUGAACCAAAUUCGGAUGCAUGCAAGGAAUUCUUCAGAUGCCUUGCAAUUUGUCACACUGUACUCACUGAAGGUGAUGAGUCCCCCGAACGUAUUCGAUAUCAAGCAGCAUCACCUGAUGAGGCUGCUCUUGUUGCAGCAGCAAAGAACUUCGGUUUCUUCUUUUACAGGCGUACUCCUACUAUGGUUUAUGUACGUGAGUCACAUGCAGAGAAUACUGGGAAGACUCAAGAUGUUCCCUAUGAGAUCCUGAAUGUUCUUGAAUUCAACAGUACAAGGAAGCGCCAGUCUGUUGUAUGUCGCUAUCCUGACGGAAGGCUUGUAUUAUAUUGCAAGGGUGCAGAUACUGUAAUUUAUGAAAGACUCGCAAAUGGUGAUAAUGCGUUGAAAAGAAGAACAAGGGAACACUUGGAAGAAUUUGGAGCGGCUGGAUUGCGCACACUUUGCUUGGCAUAUAGAAACUUAAGUCCAAGUGAAUAUGAAAGGUGGAAUGAAAAUUUUGUCCAUGCAAAAUCCUCUCUUCAAGACCGUGAAAAGAAACUGGAUGAGGUGGCGGAACUCAUAGAAAUGGAUCUUGCUUUGAUUGGAUGCACUGCCAUAGAAGACAAACUUCAGGAAGGAGUGCCUGAUUGCAUAGAGACUCUCUCCAGAGCUGGAAUAAAAAUUUGGGUACUUACGGGGGACAAGAUAGAAACUGCAAUAAAUAUAGCUUAUGCAUGCAAGUUGAUAAGUAACAGCAUGAAACAAUUUGUUAUCAGUUCAGAAACUGAUGCUAUCAGAGAAGUAGAAGAUAAAGGUGACCAAGUGGAGGUUGCUCGUUUUAUAAAAGACACAGUGAAAGAUAAACUUAAAGUGUAUGAUGAGGAAGCCCGACAAUAUCUUUGUUCUGAAUCUAGACCAAAGUUAGCACUUGUUAUUGAUGGGAAAUGUUUGAUGCAUGCGUUGGAUCCUAGUUUGCGUGUAAUGCUCUUGAACUUGAGCUUGAAUUGCAGUGCAGUGGUUUGCUGUCGAGUCUCUCCUUUACAGAAAGCACAGGUGACUAGAUUGGUUAGGAAGGGAGCUCAGAAAAUAACUCUUAGUAUCGGUGAUGGGGCUAAUGAUGUUAGUAUGAUUCAAGCUGCCCAUGUUGGUGUUGGAAUAAGUGGUCAGGAAGGAAUGCAGGCAGUAAUGGCCAGUGAUUUUGCAAUUGCUCAGUUUCGUUAUCUCACAGAUUUGCUACUCGUCCACGGACGCUGGUCAUAUCUGAGAAUUUGCAAGGUUGUGACAUAUUUCUUCUACAAGAAUCUGACAUUUACCCUGACGCAGUUUUGGUUUACUUUCCAUACUGGAUUUUCUGGUCAAAGGUUUUAUGAUGAUUGGUUCCAGUCCCUGUACAAUGUUAUCUUCACAGCCAUGCCUGUGAUUGCUCUUGGGCUUUUUGAAAAGGAUGUCAGUGCAUCCCUUUCGAAGAAAUAUCCCGAGUUAUACAUGGAGGGAAUUAGAAACACUUUCCUCAAAUGGCGAGUUGUGGCUGUUACGGCUUUCUUUGCAGCCCUCCAAUCGCUGAUAUUGUACCAUUUUGUAACUGCUUCUAGUACCAAGAGCAUGAAUUCAGCCGGCAAGAUAUUUGGCUUGUGGGAUGUUAGUACAGUGGCCUUCACUUGUGUCGUAUUAACUGUCAAUUUGCGUCUCCUAACAAUGUGCAAUGCAAUUACAAAGUGGCAUCAACUUACCGUUGGUGGGAGCAUAUUGUUAUGGUUCAUAUUUGUCUUUAUUUACUCUGGCAUUCUCUUGCCAAAAGCCCAGAUAAACAUAUAUUACGUCAUAUAUGUCGUGAUGAGUACAUUUUACUUCUACAUCAUGCUGCUUCUAGUUCCUGUUGCUGCACUUUUUGGCGACUUCUUGUAUCAGGGGGUUCAAAGAUGGCUCUUCCCCUAUGAUUAUCAGAUUAUUCAGGAAAUUCACAAGGAUGACAUUGAAACACUUGAUAUGGGAUUAUUGGAUAUUGGAAAUGAGCUCACACCCGAUGAGGCAAGGAGCUAUGCGAUGAUGCAACUCCCAGGAGAGAAAGAAAAGCACACUGGUUUUGCUUUUGAUUCGCCCAGUUAUGAGUCCUUUUUCGCUUCUCAGGCAGGUGUGUCCGCCCCUCAGAAAGCAUGGGAUGUUGCUCGGCGAGCGAGUGUGAGAAAGUUCCGAUCAAAAGCUCAAAGGAAGAACUGAGCCUACAUCCUUUUAAUUUGGUUGGAAAAGGAAGGCAUCUUUUCCUCAUCAUUCCAAGCAGGGUAAAUUUCCGGAGGGGUUCAAAAUCUGAUGAUUUUCCAUAUCAGAAUUCUUUGGUGAUCUCAUGAUCUUUCCUAUGCAAAUUUUCCUCCUAGUCAAUUCACUAAUAGCUCUCAAGUGCCAUGUGAAAUCUUGAAACGGGGAACCCACUCGAGUGUUUAGGCCACCUGAUUAGCAAAUGCCAUGCCAAAAUGCCUAUAACUCUUUAAGGUCAUUAUGUUUAGUAUUACUCUUACAAACUAAUUCGAAAAGGACUUUUUUAUUUUCAAUUUCUGCAAAUUUAUUUGUUGAAUAAAGUCUUUUUAAAGUAGCCAUCUGCAGGGCAAGUUUUUGACUGAAGUCCACUGACAACUUAUUUUGGACUAGAGUGGAUUUGGCUUCUCCUAAAGGAGAGGAUCCAUAUGGAGGUUUUGAAUUACCCAAAAAAGGCAUUUGGAAUGUUUAGUCCCACAUUGCCUUUAAAAUAAUCACACGUAUUCAUUAAAGUUUUGUGGAGGCGUGAUAGGGCUCAGCUUAUCACAUACAUGAGGAGUGGGGGUCAACAAAGUGUUGAAGACUGGAUCAGUACAUGUUCCCCUUUUUGGCCUUCUGUACUGAAUGGCUAGCUAGUUCCAAUUCUUGUAGUACGGCUCAGCUUAGCAGUUAGCACGCAUGCUUCUGCUGUGUCUAAAGUCUCUUUGAGUGGGCCGUUGGCCUCCACUUUGGGAGUUUGGGGCGAACUUGGUCCAAUUCUGAGUGACCUAAAGGGCGGUUUGGGUAUCACCAAUUCUAUUUUCGGUUAUGCUUGGGUUGAUUUCAGUUGUUCCAUAGCAUGUGAAGUAAUUAGGUCGUGACUUAUUUGGAGAAUCCGGUUUCGACUGAUACUUGUUCAGUUGUUCUGGGUAAAAGAAUGUUGAUACGAUGCUAGUCCAGUAACGGGACCCAACCGCCCCUAAACCUCCUUUUAAUAAUUGUUCUGAUGUAAUGUGAAAAGUAUUAAAAGACUUUGAUUCAUAAUAUUUC